AUGGGAAGGACCAAUCAAUCUGUGACAGAAUUUGUCCUGCUGGGGCUUUCUGGCUACCCAGAGCUUGAGGCCAUUUACUUUGUGUUGGUCCUGUGUAUGUACCUGGUGAUCCUGCUGGGAAAUGGACUCAUUAUCAUUGUAAGUGUCUUCAACUCCCAUCUACACACUCCCAUGUACUUUUUCCUCAGUAACUUAUCAUUCUUGGACGUUUGUUAUACCAGUUCUUCUAUUCCUCUGUUUCUCAGCAGCUUCUUAACUUCAAAGAAAACGAUUUCCUUCCCUGGGUGUGGAGUGCAAAUGUUUCUCUCUUUUGCUAUGGGAGCCACAGAGUGUGUCCUUCUAAGUAUGAUGGCGUUUGACCGCUAUGUGGCCAUCUGUAAUCCUCUGAGAUAUCCCAUCAUCAUGAGCAAGGCUUCAUAUGUGCCUAUGGCUGCUGGAUCCUGGAUUGCAGGGGGUGUCAAUUCUGUGCUGCAAACCUCUCUUGCAAUGCGGCUUCCUUUCUGUGGGGAUAAUGUCAUUAAUCAUUUCACUUGUGAAAUUUUGGCUGUCUUAAAAUUGGCUUGUGCUGACAUCUCCGUAAAUGUUAUUAGCAUGAUUGUUGCAAAUAUGAUUUUUCUUGUGGUCCCAGUACUUUUCAUUUUUAUUUCCUAUGUUUUCAUUCUCUCCACCAUCCUGAGGAUUCCUUCUGCAGAAGGAAGGCGCAAAGCCUUCUCUACUUGCUCUGCGCACCUGACAGUGGUGAUUGUAUUCUAUGGGACCAUCCUCUUUAUGUAUGCACAGCCCAAGGCUAAAGACUCUUCUGGUGCAGACAAAGAACAAGUUGCAGACAAAAUCAUCUCUCUUUUCUAUGGAGUGGUGACUCCCAUGCUCAAUCGUCUCAUUUACAGUUUGAGGAACAAGGAUGUGAAGGCAGCUGUAAAGAAUAUGCUAUGUCAGAAACUCUCCUCUGAGGGAUUGUAGAUGCAAAUAUAUAUUUUUAAUUCUUUUACUCCCAAUGCAGAGCUAGUUCUCAUCCUGAGGUUCCAAAAGAAAUAUAAGGGCUGGCGGGACUAUUAGUUCCUGAAAUUUAAUUUUUUUGUUCCUGGUAUUUAAAUGAGAGAGAGAAAUGCAGGACCUAUCCUUUCCCUUCAAGUCUGGAUUACGGAGAAGAGGAAUAAAAAUUAGUGGGUAAAACUACUCACCUUCUCAUAUAUAUUAAAAUUUAGUUUAACUGUGGAAUGAAAAGUUCCAUAAUCUUAUAUAAAUGGAAAUACCAUUUUUACUAAAUCUUUUAUUCUCUAGACAUAUAGUUUCUAGUUUUGUAGCACCCUUAGGGAGAUCAAGUAGCAAAGUGCCUUGUUAAGGAUCAGAGUGCUACAAGUAUAUGAACUCAACAUUAAAAAUGAUUCAUAAUAGGGUUGUCUUUGAUCAUAUAGAGGGGAAAGAGGAGCACAUUAGGGCAUUAGUUACCUGGACUGCGUUAGGGAGGAAUAAGAGGUAAAAAAUAAAGCUAUUUUUUCCCCUAGGGUUGAUUUCCUUUUGGCUGCAAACCGUUGAGUACACUUCUGUGCGUAGGUAUCUGAGGCAAUGUGAAGCUCUGUGUAGACAACCCAGCUGAUGGGGAAAUUUGGUUUAUCAUGAGUUUCAAAAGAUAAGCAGUGGUGUUGUUGAGUGAAAAUUGUUACUGCUAAAGGAGCCCUGGUGACACAAUGGUUAAGCUCAUGACCAGUAACCAACCAAAAUGUUGGCAGUUAGAAUCCACUAGCCACUUCUUAGAAACCCUAUAGAACAGAUCUACUCUGUCUUAUAGGGUAGCUAUGAGUCAGAAUUGACUUGACUGCAUAGGGUUUUAAGUGACUAAAAAAAAAUUUUUUUUUUUGAAGAAGUUGGUUGCACAAUUCUUUGAGAACAUGGUGAUAUUGGGCUUACAAUGUAACAAACUUGACAUUUUUGGUAGAAUAUGAAAUUUCCAUUUAUUCAGUCAUUUAUUUUUCCAUUCAAUUAUUCAGUCCACCAGUAUUUACUGAAUAAUGGUAUUUACUGAAUUUACUGAAUAUUUUUCCCAGGCAUUGUGUUAACUGCUGGCUGACAUGUAAAA